GGCCCAGCAUUCCGCUGCUGCAUCGGCUCUCUCUGAGACAACACUUCCCAAGCCCACCAUGAGGACACCCCGCAACCCGGGCAGGAACCCAGAUGGCAUUACGCAUACCAUGGAGCUGAAUGCUCUUUGUGUCAAGCUCGGUAAAAAGCCGAACUAUACACCCAUCGACUCGUACCCAGGGAUGAGACCGCCAAACUUUAACUACAACGUCCGGGCUCCUGGGCCUUACCAGCGCUCGAUGCAACAGUACUACUAUCCAUUUCCUCCAGUGGGACCAAUGAUCUACCACAUGGAGCUUUCUGUAGGAGGUCAGCAGUUUUUUGGGAAGGGGCGUACGAGGCAGAUAGCCAAACACGAAGCCACUACCAAGGCUUUGAAAGUGCUGCAGAAGGAACCUGUACUGCAGCAGUGUCCAGUGAUGAACGGUGAACCUGAGGAGGAGAACUUAAACAAAUCAGAAAUCAGUCAAGUGUUUGAAAUAUCUCUGAAGCGGAACUUACCCGUCUACUUUGAGGUUUUAAAAGAAGAGGGUCCUCCACACAUGAAAAGUUUUGUAGUGCGUGUUGCAGUCGGUGAGUUCGUGGGAGAAGGAGAGGGGAAAAGCAAAAAGAUUGCCAAGAAGCUGGCAGCAGCGGCAGUGCUGAACGAGCUGAAGCGGCUGCCCCACAUGCCGAGCGUGGAAAAGAAGCUGCCGCGCAUCAAAAAGAAAACCAAAUCCAUCAUCAAGCUGCAGACCAGCCCCGAGUACGGCCAGGGCAUGAAUCCCAUCAGCCGCUUGGCUCAGAACCAGCAAGCUAAGAAGGAGAAGGAGCCUGAGUACGCCACGGUUACAGAACGAGGCCUGCCACGACGCAGGGAGUUCGUCAUGCAGGUGACUGUGUGUGGCCAGUCAGCAGAGGGGAUGGGACCGAGUAAGAAGGUGGCCAAGAGGAACGCAGCAGAGAAAAUGCUGGAACUCCUAGGAUAUAAAGUGCCUCAGCCUCCCAAACCAGCUCUUAAAACUGAUGAAAAAACUCCUGUGAGAAAACCAAGUGACGGGCGCAAAGUGACCUUCUUUGAACCGGGUUCUGUGGAGGAGGUGACGUUGGGUUCUAAAGAGGAGGACUUCUGCAUGCCUUACCUCAGCCCCCAGCAGCUGCCUGCAGGCAUUCUGCCCAUGGUGCCUGAGGUGGCCCAAGCAGUCCGAGCCUGCCAGGGAUCUCAGGCCAGGGACUACAGCCGAGCUGUGCCCAACCCAGGCAAGGCCACCAUCACUGCCAUGAUUGCCAACGAGCUGCUCUAUGCUGGGACAUCCAUGACCACCGAGACUAUCCUAAAGAAGAAAAACAACGUGAACCAGCUGCCCCACGGCCCCAUCACCAGGCCGUCGGAGCAGCUCGGAUAUCUUGCAUCUGAGCAGAACUUGCAGGUGGAUUACACAGACUUUCCCAAAAACAAUAUGAACGUGUUUGUGUCGCUGAUUAACCGCUCCUCCCAGCCUCCACUCAUCAGUCAUGGGAUUGGAAAAGACGUGGAAUCCUGUCAUGAUAUGGCUGCUCUGAAUAUAUUAAAGUUGCUCUCUGAACUUGACCUGCAGUCAAAUGAAAGGACAGGAAAUGGACCAAGCUCAGGAUGCAGCAAACAGGCUAACUCAAGCACAUUGGCACAGACACUUGAUGGCAAAGCUUAGAUCAGGUUUGGUUGUCUGUAAAAGCACGAGAGAAAACUCACAACACACUGUAGGCUCAAACCUAUCACUGUUCAUAUUCAUUAUUUUUACUAAAUGUUCACAGUUAAACAAGGUUGAAAGGAAAAUAAAAUAUUAUCUUUGAUGUUG